AUGGAUGCGAUAGGGGUUAGCAAAGCUCCUUAUUUCUUCUCUACCAGGUGUUGUAUUUGCCUGAGAGUGAGAGUUAGCAGAGGUAGGAACCGCUGUGAAGCUUUCCGCUCCAAAACCCCAACUGGUGGUGCCGCCUUCAGCCGCUUGCUUGUUCUGGUGCCCAUUGUUUCUUGUUCUAAAGAUUUGGAUUUGUUUCUUGUUCUGGUGCCUUCAGCCGCUUGCUUGUUCAAGAGUCUUGACAAAAGUUGUUUAGGUCCUUUGAGGAAAGCUUAUUGCAGCUCUCUUAAUCUACUUUUAAGGCAUGAGGCACGUGAAUUUGCUAAUGAGCUUAGAGCAAUUACAAAAGCAUCAAGAAAUCCAACUGUUUUGCUCGAAGAUACUUCCACUGCUUCGAUUUAUUUCCUUCACAUAGUUCCUUUUUUUUCACACUUCAUGUGCUUUGGAGUUUCUGCACUCGCUCAACCAGGAAGUCCUGCAAAUGGCAAUAAAACACACGAGGACGAUUUAGGCAUUAUGGAGAUCGAUGAUAAUGAUGACGACGACAACAACAACAACAAAAGACUCAUCACAUGCAUGACACAAGGAACUACUAGUCUUCUUAGUAAUACAGUUUAUGGCAUAAGUGAAGCUGCCACCCAAGAUCAAGUUCCAGAGAAUGGUGUCAAAGGAAUUUCUAAGGAUAAACCACUGUAUGCUUUUGAUCAGUGGGAGGCUUUGCUCUCCUUGAAGAAGAGUGGCAAAAUUGAUGAAUUAUUAUUACAAGAUCCACCAAGAGCAGGAAAAACACAAACAAUUCUUGGGCUUCUUAGUGCCAUAUUACAAACCAGCUGGGUAACAAUCUUGUUGAAAUGA